AUGGCGCUCUCGGGCAUCCUCAUGGCGGUUGUGGGCGUUAUGAACGAACGGGUGCCGCCCAAGGAGAUCUUGGGCGGAGGCGCCGGCCCUAAAGCAUGCGUGGGAAUUCGCGAACCCUAUCUUUGUCCUGACUUUGCGGGAAGGUUGCUCGUCGACCGCGACGACGACCACGACGAGACCGCUGACAUUGGCCACGACGGGAUGGAAUCCCACCCUUCGUACCCUGCAGUUGCUGGGCUAUUGAAGAAAUACCCAAAUUCUGCAGCCAGCUUGUUCCAGACCUACAAUGAUCUAAACUACGCGCAAGAAUGGGCAGAUAUGGCUGUGGUAGACUUGGGUGAUGAUUUUGGCAGAGGCGCCAUUCGGGGACGCAGGAAACGAGGGCUUGAAGACGGCGGCGGGUUCCAGGACCAGGUUUCCUAUGCGAUGCCUUGCUCGUUGUCAGAGAUUUUGUCCUUCGAUCAGCUUAGAGGCGCAUUCGAUCGUUUGGACACGAAGGAAAUAUACCUGGCAAUAACUUCGGAAGAUUCUUCAAUUGUAUAUUACAAGCUAAGCCAGGGAAUAGUAAAGCCUCCAGUCUGA